AUGCCCGCUGCGGAGACGUCUACCCUGCUUGGCUUCCUGCAGCAGCUACGCGGCACGCUGGUGGAGAUCGAGCUGCUGAACUCCUCCGUCGUGUCUGGCGAGAUCACCUUGGUGGACGCGAGCAUGAACACGCACAUGCGCCACGUGAAGGUGACGGCGAAGGGGAAGAACCCGGUGCAGGCGGAGACGUACAUGGUGCGCGGCAACACCAUCCGCUACAUCAUCCUGCCGGAGGCGAUGAACACGGACGAUGUCCUCAAGAAGGCUACGGCGGCGAGGAGCAAGGCGGCGAAGUAA